CCCAUCAGUCUGAAGGCCUGGCUGAGAUCGUCCAGAACCGGAUCCGUUCUUCCGUCUACAGACACGGGAUCAAAACAAGAAGGCGUUCUUUCAAGUGUCUGACUCAGCUGUGGAGGGAUUUUGUCAUUACCGAGUGCCAAGUCAGCAAAUGUAAAACAAGCUGGAGUUUGAAAAUGCAACCACCCUGUGAAGACAAAACAGAAGAGAAAAAGAGAAAAUGCAUGAAGGGACGACUGCACUGCGGGACAGACAACAGUGUCUUCCCACUGGGAAGACGGAUGAAGACUUGCUUUUCAAAAAUGACUUUUAACGGCUUGAAUUGCCGAAGAACACAAUGAAACCGUAACGAUAUCAACACUGAUGUGACAGAGCUAACUUUAGCUUUUGGGAUCAAAAAGAACCAAAGAAAAGAGGAUAAGAAAGAUGGACCAGUUUUGUGAUCAAUUAAGAACCUGCAGCACCAGCUGCUCUCUCUGAACCGGACUCUGCUACUCGACUGCCAGCUGUCACAUUAUAUUGUCACGCGUUGCUUGCGUGCAUCCUUCAUUCUCCCCUUCAAGAUGAAGCACACAUUCGGCUGAAGCGACGAAGGAGCAGAACGGGAACAUGAGAUGGAGAUAACCCGGGCCAGACCGUCGCUGUAUGGAGAAAUCGCUCAUGGCCUCGGAUUCUGGACGGACCGGUCAGCGGUGCACGAGGCCGCCGCGCAGGGCCGAGCCCUCCAGCUGCAGCAGCUAAUUGAGGCGGGCGCUGCCGUAAACAUCGUUGCCGUGGACUCCAUCACGCCGCUGCACGAGGCCUGCAUACAGGGUCAAACCCAGUGCGUCAGGCUGCUGCUGGCCGCUGGGGCACAGGUGGAUGCUCGGAACAUCGACGGAAGCACCCCGCUGUGCGACGCCUGCGCAGCCGGGAGCUUGGACUGUGUCAAGCUGCUGUUGGAGUAUGGAGCAACCGUCAAUCCUCCGCUCUUCACCUUUUCCCCUCUUCACGAGGCGUGCAUGGGAGGUAACUCGGACUGCGUUCAGCUGAUGAUCGAUCGAGGCGCCUUCAUGGAGGCUCACGACUGUCACUAUGGAACGCCGCUUCAUGUAGCGUGUGCCAGGCAACACUUCGACUGCGCCAAAGUGCUGCUCCUCGCAGGAGCAAACGUGAACGCUUCCAAGCUCCACGAGACGGCCCUUCACCAUGCCGCCAAGACCAAGAACACCGACCUGAUAGAGCUGCUUGUGGAGUUCGGGGGGAGCGUUUUCGUUCGAGACAACCUGAACAAGAAGCCAAUCCACUACACCAGCGUGGGCUCUCCCUCCUACCUCUGCCUCGAGUUCUACGAAAAUACUCCCCUGAGCCUGCAGCAGCUCAGCAGAGUGGCUUUGAGGAGGAUUCUCGGCACGAGAGCGCGCAAAGUCAUUUCGGAGCUGCUCUUGCCCAAGAGCAUCAUAAGGUUCCUCUCCUACAUGAAGCCUCUUGCCAUUGAAAUAUGACCCCAUUUGACUGACUUGAGCGUAAAUCUGUGGCGGAUGUAAUGUGGCAGGCUGUUGAGAGAGCAAAAGAAAAUAAUAAAGAAAAAAUCUGGACUAUAAAAUUAGCCAGAUGUUUUAAAAACAGGCAGGCUGAUUGAAUCUAGAGCCCAAACACUCAAUUGCUUUGUCUAAUAAAAAGUACAUCUCCUUAUCAAAGCAGUAUGAAACAAAGCUUUCCGUUGUGUUGGCCAGCUCAGACCUUUUUCUUUAGCAAUGUGUAUGAAAUUACAGAAGAAGUCUGUGCACUAGUAACUACAGGCCACCUUCCUUCCAACGUUACAGCUGUUGCUGUCACCUGGAAUCUGGUUUUUCAUGUUUCCUGGAACUGAAACGAUUAGUUUGAGUCACGGCAGCACGGACUUUGGAGCACCAGCAGCGCUCAUGUAGGUGGGGUGAAAUCUGUGUCCACUUCUCUGGUGAAUCAGAAAUAUAUUAGCUUGGGGAUCAUAGCGUACUGUGCUGAUUUCUAGGAAACUCUCUAUAGAGAGUCUUAUGUAGAGGCAAACAUUGUGUGUUUUCCACUUUGUUCACUUUAUUCAACAUAUAUUCCAGUCCACAAACAACAAAAAGACGAGGUUUUAAUACGGUGGAAUACAUGCGUAGCUUCUUUUUUUUUUUUUUUUUCCAGAAGUUUUUGAAAGUUCCAGAAGUUUUGUUGCAUCAUUAGCACUGUAUAAUUGUAUGUACUUGUACAUAUUCUGUAACUAUAUUUAUUUUUUAUGUAAAUAUGUAAAUAUUACAGAUGGUUAUACCUCUAUGAAGUUCAUGGAAAUAAAAAGAAAACAAAAUUGGUAUAUUAAGAAUUG